AUGGCUUCUUUCUCUCGCCUGGUUCGCUUCCUUGCAAAAGAUGGAAAGGUCUACUAUGGUGAUGCUAUUCUCCCCACAGGAGUCACCGACAUUGCCAGAGCAAACAAAGCCCGUGUCAUCACAGGGGACAUAUUCGGCCAACACCACGUCACCGAACAGGUUGCCGAUGUAAAGAAGCUCUUAGCCCCCCUUGCUCUCAAUGACAUCAAAACAAUACGUUGCUUGGGGCUCAACUAUGCCCGGCAUGCCAAAGAAGCAAAUAUGGCGAUUCCUACAUACCCCGUGCUCUUUUUCAAGCCUGUCACUGCCGCAACUGGGCCGACAGAAGAUAUCCCCGUUCCAGCAAUUGCGCAAGAAGGGGUGGGUUUAGAUUAUGAGUGCGAAUUGGUCAUUGUAAUCGGAAAGGAAGCAUACAAUGUCCCUGAAUCUCGUGCCCUGGAUUACGUUCUAGGUUAUGCGGUUGGCAACGAUGUCUCUCAUCGAGACUGGCAGCUUAAACGUGGAGCAGGUCAGUGGGGGCUUGGAAAAGGAUUCGAUGGAUGGGCUCCGUUUGGCCCCGGAAUCGUCUCUGCAAACUUGAUACGGGAUCCAAAUGUGUUAAACAUUUCCACCAAACUCAAUGGAGAAGUUGUGCAGAAUUCGAGCACAAAGGACAUGAUAUUUGGCGUGGCUAAAACUGUCUCUUUCUUGUCCCGGGGUACAACGCUCCUACCUGGCGAUCUGAUUUUUACUGGAACACCUGAAGGAGUCGGUAUGGGCAGGAAACCCCAGCUUUGGCUGAAGGACGGAGACCAAGUAGAAGUUUCGCUUGAAGGUGUCGGAACAUGUAGCAACAAAGUUGUCUUUAGCGAACCUCAAGCCAAGUUGUGA